AUUUGAUUGACAUUUGACAUGACGCUUGAAAGUCGAUUCGUCAACAAUGAAUUUAUUUGUAUUUUUUCACGAAUUAUGUUUAAUUUCCGUUUGAUUAAGUGAUAAUUUGACGCAAAAAAUUAAGGUUCUACUUAAAAACAUACAAGGAACACAUUAGCAAUAGGUUUAGUGGUUCAUUCGAGUUAUAGUGACGAACAAAAAUGAGUAACAUCUACAUCCAAGAACCUCCUGCUUUAGGAAAGGUUCUUCUAAAAACAUCUGCUGGAGAAAUAGAUAUUGAGCUGUGGACUAAGGAGGCUCCGAAGGCAUGUCGCAACUUCAUACAACUGUGCAUGGAAGGGUAUUACAAUGGCACAAUAUUUCACCGAGUGGUCCCUGGCUUCAUAGUGCAAGGCGGGGAUCCCAACGGAGACGGCACUGGUGGCGAGUCCAUUUACGGGGAACCAUUCAAAGAUGAGUUCCACUCGCGUCUGCGCUUCAGCCGGCGCGGGCUGGUGGCCAUGGCCAAUGCUGGGAAGGAUGACAACGGGUCGCAGUUCUUCUUCACCCUCGCUGCGACUCCGGAGCUGCAGAACAAACACACUAUCUUUGGGAAAGUCACCGGCGAGACGAUAUACAAUGUCUUGAAGCUGUCAGAAGGGCUGAUAGGGCCCGACGACUGUCCGGAGCACCCGCACAAGAUCACCGCCGCUGACGUGCUCAUCAACCCCUUCACUGAUAUACAGCCGCGGAUAAAGGUCAAAGACACGUCGAAAGACGAGUCAGCUGCGAAAAAGAAGAAGGAGCGAAAAGGGAUCAAAAACUUCGGCCUGCUCUCAUUCGGCGCAGAAGCUGAGGAGGAGGAAGGCGAGGCGACCGGCUACCGAGGCAAGCCCAAGUCCACGCAUGAUGUGUUAGAAGACCCUAAGUUGAGCAAGCUUACUGCCGCUGAAUUAGAACAAGACGAAGACCAAACAGUCACGGAGAAAUCAACGCAAGAAUCGCUCAAGAAAAAAGAAGAAACUAAAACAGCUGUGAACAGCAUACGGGAUAAACUCAAGAAGAAGAGAGAAGGUAGUCCAGACACCGAUAGCAGGAAGAAACAAAAGAACGACAGUGACAAGGACAGCGAUAGCGAAGAAGAAGAGUAUUACUUAGGGAAAGAACGGGACGACGCGAGAAGGAAAGAGACAGACAGAAUAAAGAACGAAAUAAAAAUGUUGAAAAAAGAAAUGAAGUCUUCUAAAGAAGAGAAGGAGACAAAAGAAAUAGAACAAGAGGAGUCUUCUAGCAAGUCCAUAGACAAUAAUGAAAUGUACAAACAGUUUGUGGACGAACAAGAGAAAUACAAGAAGUUGAAGGAGAAAAUACCGAAAAAAGGAGCUGCCAGAAGCCGAAGAACGAAAAUUGCACGAAAACCAACGAGAAAAAAGCCGUGGGUUAAGAAUUUGUACGAAAACCGAGAGUACCCCGACAACUAUACGCAUUCAAAAUUCUUAGAAGACCUACGCAAAAACCUCUACGUCGAAAAAGUGACAUUAACCCAAGCCGUAGUAGGCUCAUUUCGCGUUGCCCUCAGGGUAUGUUUAUGUAUCCUUUACGCUGUUAUUUUCGUCUAUAUGUACAACUUCUGGAUUCCCACUGAAACUGUUAUAUAUACUUCCAUUUUUACCACGUUUAUUAGCUAUAUUUUGUAUAUAUUUGUUAACGGCUGUGAUAGCAUACUGAAGCACUUUAAGACUGUUCUUAUUUACUUAGUAAUAGGGUAUAUUUUAUCUCCAAUCCUACAUACACUUACAGACACUGUAAGUACAGAUACAAUAUUCGCUUGGGCAGUUAUAAUGUUGCUCAUACAUUUGAUUUUCUUUGACUAUGGAGUCCCAGCGGCCAUAGUAUCAAAUGCGUUAUCAAUAAAUGCAGCAUUAUUUGCCUCAAUAUGCCUAGUAUCAAGAUUGUCUACACCAUUCGAUGCAUUUAUACUAUUAACUGUAUCUGUUAUAUUCUUCGUGUUAAGCCCACAGUUGUUCAAAGUGUUAAUUAAUACCAAAGUGUUUAUAGUGUUAUUUUUUAUAUCGUUAUUUUUAACUUUAACGUCGUUAUAUGUUAUUUCGACAACACUGUUGUGUUAUUUCGUUUUGUUGUUGUUAGUUCUGUGUGUGUAUUGCCCGGUGAUGUUUGUGAGGUGGCAAAGGUAUAAAGAGAAUAUUUAUGGGCCGUGGGAUGAGGCUGUUAUAAAUGAAGCCUUAUGAUCCCAAGACUGACUGGCAAAAGGGCUGGUUUUAUGCAAGUUAAUGAAAUAUGUAGAAUGAUCAAUUUAUCACCCUAUACUUUGUUAAAUAUAGCCUGAGCCCUAUGACAGCUGUCGCAUCCACACUUUUUAUUUGUCAGUUGUUCGUUUACAAGGGAAAACCAACUAUAUUUGCCAGGUUAUUAGAAUCUUGCAAUUAAACGUCAUAGGACUCAUGAUUAUAACUAAUUUAUAAACUAUAAUAUUAAUUUAAUAUUUUGUUAGAAAGUACAAAAGUAUUUGCAUUUAAUCAAUUGUGCCAUCAACUGACUACAGCCUACAUACCUACUAGCCCUCUUAUUCAUAGAAAAGUUACAGAACGUUUUAGCUAAUUAACUGUUUUGUCCCUCUUUGUCAAGGAACAAUUUGUUCUUUACUAUGAAUAACUUUUCUAUGAAUAAGGGGGUAGAUAAAUAGACAUGGCUGAUUAUGAUUUGAAAUAUGGUACCUAAUUUAUUUUAGAUUUUCUAUAAUUUAUAAAUAAUAUUUAUUAGCUCUGUAGGCUAUGACUGUAUUAAUUAUUCAUGUAUUGUGAAUCCUCCCAUGGUUAAAACUCUUCCAAGUUGUUAUAAUUUAUAUUUUAAUCACAUAUUCACAAUUCUUACAAGUAAAACUUAACAGCACUAUAACAAAUAUAAUUAAAUAGGUAUAGAAUGUCGAAAAGAUAAAUGUAGUCAAAUUUAAAUAGUUUUGCGAUUAGAAAAAGACAAAUAUUCCAGCAGUAUUUAUAAC